GCGGGCCCGCGCGCGGGAGUUUUUGGCGGGCUCGAGAAGAUGGCGUGGCUGUGAGGGGCUGGAGGGGUGCGCCGUCUGACCGCCCAGUGCCGACGGCUGCCAUGGCAGACAAGUGGGAGAGCGAUCACCUCUGGCUCUGUUUGUUGGCCUUGGGCUUCCGCCCGAAACGCCACUGUGGCGUAAAACUAGGGAGGGAUAUGUUUGCUAAACCAAACAGCAGAGCAUUCCAUGUCGUUGCCCUCUUCUUGUUUACUAAGCUGGAUAAGCGCCGCGCAAGACAAACUUUCAGGCCAUCUGAGUUCAGAAAACAAGGAAGUCCUAAAUUUAGGAAGCACUGCUGUCUGUGGCUAAGAGAAAUUUCAAAGCAAAAGGAAAUUGGUAUUCCACGAAUUACACCUUCCAUGCUCCUUUGUCCUGGUGGUGCUAAAUUUGUUCACGUGAUCUACCUUUUUGCAAGAUACAUAAUGAUUGAGAACAUGAAAAAACUCUCUGUAGGCACUGGUAUACCUUUUGCUGAAGCUAUAAGACGGAGACCUGAUGAUAUGUACGUAGCAGAAGCAAGACACAGAGUUGCAUACAAUAAACUGCUACAAAAUCUUCGAAUGGAAGACUUUGUUAUUAAACAAUACAGGGGAAAAGCACAGGUUUUAAUUAGAGAAAUAAAACGGACAGUGUCUGAAUAUCAAGUUGUGCAGAAGCAGUGUUUCAGGAUGAAACAAAAAAACCAAAACAAAAAUGACACAACUGACAAAAUUCAGAAGGUCCGCAGUAUGUGGACACUUAUAGUGGAAGUACUUACAUCUCUGAAAAAGGAAAAGGAAGUGGUGGAUUCUGUACUUCAAGACUGUGCCAACCCAUGUGUUCUGGAUGGAACUGAUGUAGCUGUGAGGGUUCCAGGGUUGCUGACUUACAGAGUUGAAAAUAACAUACAUGGAUUUUGUACAGGAAAUUUAUAUGAAGAUGGAAAACUGAAUUUCCUAACAGUUAUUCAAUUGUUAAAUGAAGCCCUGAUGACAUUGAGAGAUGAACCUUGUCCGUGUGAAUUAAAAGAAUUUCACAGAAUUGAGGACAUGGUUACAUCCUACAAGAAUGCACUACAGGAGUUGAAAACAAAAAGUCAAAGAAGAAGGCAACAGCAUUGUGAGCCAAAGCAAGGGUCUAUUUCUAGAAAACAGGAGAUCUGGGAAUCGAAGUGGAAAACAAUUCUUGGCCAGUGUCCUUUUAAUUUAAUCUUUAAAGAUGAUCUUCAGCUAGCUUCACUCCAGUCUCUUAGUUCUUCAGAUGAAGAUGAAGACAGUGUCGUUUGUCAGUCAUUUCCAGAUAAUAAUGACUCUCAUCAUGAAGAAUGCCGUGGGAAGAAUGAUGGAGCUUUGGAAACCAUGACAGAUACAGCAUUAGUACCCUCGAGAUGUGACUUCGUGCAUCAUGAAGGUUUUUCUGCUUCUGAGGCUACAGACAGUCACUUCCUCUCUCCUUCCUUGACAAGAUGGUCGGUGCCACUGUUGUCAGAAGCAUUUAACAACGGGGACCUGUCAAUUGAAAAUAAUUUGCAUACUUGUGUGGGAGAUAAAAAACUUGUGCCUCCAAAAAUCUUCAGAAAUGGACAGAAAGAAUUUCCCCCUUCAGCAAUGGAGGAGAACGCAGAUGAAAAUAUUACCCAGCCAAAGUCUCCUGUGAAAAAAGACAGCCUUGAAAAAGCCAGAGAUGAACUGGCAGAAGAGAUUGUAAAGGCAGUGAUGUCUGAGUCAACAGACAAUGCUGAAGAAGAAGGAAUGGCAUUGGAUGAUGUCUUUAACUCACUGUCUUUUAACACAUUCUUAAUGAGGAAACAAAUAACCCAAACUCCAGAAAAUCUGCUUACUGAAAUUAGAAGUUCAUGGAGAAGAGCUAUUCAGACUGAGGGCUCGUUAGACCUAGAGCUGUCCUCAGCUGAAGUGGGGACAGAAGAAUCUUCAAUGAAUGCUACACCCAGCAUGAAGGAGGAGGUGGACUCUAGUUUUGUGUGCUCUGAACCUGCAUCUCCUGUAUCUGAGUUAGGUCCUUCUGUGUCAGAAAAGAAGUCUCAAUUAAGUUCUACAGAAUCUAGUUUUCAGGAGCAGGUAAGUCAUACAUUUGAAUCUUCAGAUUCAAAAACAUCUGGAAUUCAAGAAAGUGAGAGAACUGAAUCAGAGGAACUAGAUUCUUGUGCUUUGAGUGGAAGUUCUGUAGAAGAUCUAAGCCAGACUUCUCAAAAUGCAGAGAAGAGCAUGAAUAUUCCAGGUACUUGUUUGAAAAGUGAUAGUAGAACAAAUACAGGACCUUCAGACCACUGUUCCAGUUUUCUAAUGGGUGGGACGCUACGCUGGAAUAUAUCUGCGUUAUAUACUAUUGGUGAUGGAACUAUUAACAUGGGAAUAAUGGAUGAGACACUUCCAGAAAUUGAUAGUAUAGAUCUCAGCAUGUCUUCAAGCUCAGAGUCUGUUUUUAAUACAAUGGACAGUGAAAAUUCAAUGGAUGACUCGAAAAAUAAGGAGGAUAUUAAAAUAUUGGACCUAGAUAUACAGUCCCCGCCCAACUCACAUGAAGUGCUAAAAAAGACUGUGUCUAAAAGUGAAGAGGAGCUGCAUCAAAAACAUAAUGGAGACACAUCUCAGAGUAAUAGAGCUAGAUUAAGUACAAUAUCAGAAGGAGAGGAGGAUGAUGAUCCUUCCAUGGAUGAAGGGUUUACCACGAUGCCAUUGCCAGACUCUCCUAAUGAAAGCAAAUACUCCCUGUCAUCUUUGCUGGUAUCUGGUCAACAGGAUGGUACAUGAGGGCCCACUAACUUACUACAUAAAUUGAAGGGUAAGAACAGUAGAAGCCAGGCACAAAGGAACCUUCAUCAGGAUGGAAUUUGUAAAGCAGCAGCCUAACCCCAGCAGUGCAUUUAUGAUUCACUUGAGUGUGCAGCAUCUUCUCCAAGCAUUGUCUGGAUCGGGAAGUUGCACUCAUUUUGGUGGACACUCCAUUCGAGUCUCCUUGUUCAGGAGUGUCAUUUGCCUGCUCUGGCACUGCCAAUUUCAUAUAAUCCACUGUGGCUUUCUGUGUACAGCCCAUCGUUUAUAUACAGAGCUAUAUAUUUUUUAAGUAUAUUAUAAACAAACAGCAGAUGUUGAAUAAAUGGCAUAACCCUAGAAAAUGAAAAAAAUGAAAUGUCAAAAGAGAAAUAGUGAAAUCUGUUAAUUUGCUCCUAAUCCAUGUCUUGUACCCCAUCGCAACCCUCUAUCCAACAGAUUGAAAUUUUACUUGGUGCUCUACAUUCCGUUGAGUUAAUCUCUCUUACUGAGACUUCUAGUCUAUAUUGCCAUCAAUUCUACUUUUUGAUAGAGGUUGUUCCCUUUUUGUAAACUUCACUGGAGUGCAUAUUUAGCUGUAUUACUGAAUAAAUGCUUUACACUGAAGUUACAAAAAUUUACUGCUUGUGGUAGUGGUAAUGCUGCUUGAUUUAAAGAACUGACAUGCACUUAUUAUGUUGUGAUGUAAAAGAUAAUAGAGCCUGUGGUUAAGAAUCUACAACUUGAGAUUCCAAGAGCAAACUUCUUGUAAAACUCCUAACCUAAUGUGUUUAGAGGCAUUGCUAAAUAAAGUUGCUUUCUGUUCUGGA